AUGCCUUCUCACGAGACUUUCAGAAUCAAGCGAUUCCUGGCCAAGAAACAAAAGCAGCAUCAUCCCAUUCCCCAACGGAUUCUAACGAAGACUGGUAAUAAAAUCAGGUACAACUCCAAGAGAAUACACUGGAGAAGAACCAAGCUAGGUCUAUAAGGAGGCUCACAUAUGAAGUAUCACACAUUUAU